CUCAUCGCUCUUUUUUCCCACUUGUCGCCUCUAAAAUACGCUACUGGGAGGGGACGGACCGGGCGUCGGUGUGGCUGUUCUGGUCCCUGGUUGCAGCAUGUCGGAGCAGGGCGAGUUGAGUGGUCUGGCCGAUGACGAAGCCUAUAGUGCCUGUUCCGACCCUGAUCCCAGCACGAAGGACUUUCUUAUGCAGCAGACAAUGCUAAGAGUAAAAGAUCCUAAAAAAUCACUGGAUUUUUAUACUAGAAUUCUUGGGAUGACCUUACUUCAAAAAUAUGAUUUUCCUUCUAUGAAAUUCUCCCUCUACUUUUUGGCUUAUGAAGAUAAAAAUGAUAUUCCAAAAGAUAAUAAUGAGAGGAUAGCAUGGACCUUUUCUAGGAAGGCCACAGUAGAACUAACACACAACUGGGGCACUGAAAAUGAUGAGAAACAGGCUUACCACAAUGGCAAUUCAGACCCCAGAGGAUUUGGUCACAUUGGAAUUGCUGUUCCUGAUGUAAGUAAAGCUUGUAAAAGAUUUGAAGAACUGGGGGUAAAAUUUGUGAAGAAACCAGAUGAUGGUAAAAUGAAAGGCCUGGCUUUUAUUCAGGAUCCUGAUGGCUACUGGAUUGAAAUCCUGAACCCUAAUCACAUGGUGACUUUAAUCUAGGUUAGAAAUAACAACAAUCACUGUGAACAUUCGUCAAUAAACUGUUGUAACUUCUUUAAGGGAAAA